AUGAGAUCAAACCAGUUUUCAUCAGACAUCCAACUUAUAGAAGGCAAUUGGCUCCAAGUUAUAAAAUACCAGCAACGAUACAAAAGAGCAAAUAGGGAUAAGGUCAUCAGCAUCAGAGAUAUUGACAUGAAAAACCAGUCUACUGCUAUGGAGUUUACACUGGUCAGCCUAAGCAGCUCCCUAGAACUACAGACUCUUCUCUUUUGGGUAUUUACAUUUAUCUAUGCUACUGCUUUGGCUGGAAACUUCCUGCUCAUCUUCACCAUAUGCAGUUGCAGAAAACUCCACACACCCAUGUACUUCCUACUCAUCAACCUGUCCUUAGUGAAUGUGUUUUCCAUCUCAGUUACAACUCCUAAAUUGCUCCAGACUCUUUGGACUCACACAAAGACCAUCUCCUUUUAUGGCUGCAUCACACAGGUGUAUCUAUUCAUAUGGGCUUUAGGAACGGAGAUUUUUCUUCUCUCAUUUAUGGCUUUUGACCGCUACGUUGCUAUCUGCAAUCCUUUGCAGUACACAGUCAUUAUGAGGAAGGAAGUGUGUUUUGGCAUAGCAAGUGGAGUAUGGGUUGCUGGAAUGGGCAAUUCUGCCAUUCACACUGUACUUGUGCUGCAACUGUCCUUCUGCAACUCCAACAUCAUCAACCACUUCUUCUGUGAUCUUCCUCCACUUUUAGAGCUUGCAAGCUCUGACACCAGCCUGAACGAGAUUAUGGCAUUAGUGGCAGAUGUGAUAUUUGGGAUUGGAAGUUGUGGGUUAACCUUAAUAUCCUAUUUGUUUAUCAUGAGAGCUAUCUUUAGGAUUCGUUCCACUGAAGGGAAAAAGAAGGCUUUCUCCACAUGUUCCUCACAUCUCAUUGUAGUCAGUUUUUACUUCUUCUCAAUCAUAUACACAUAUAUCCGGCCAUCCUCUGACUACUCCCCCGACAAAGACAAAUUUGUUUCUCUCCUUUAUACAGUGGUACCCCCUGUUGUUAAUCCCCUUAUAUAUUCACUAAGAAACAAAGAUUUUAAAGAAGCACUCAAGACAUUUCGUGGAAGAAGCAGGAUGCUUCCAAUACUCCAAGAAUGA